AAAAGAUAUUUCAGUACAUUUAAAUCGAAUAGAUAUUCUAAAGUAGUUUUAGAUUUUUUAGAAGAUAAAAAUUUAGAACCUGUUUUAAUAUAUGAAGAUCUAAAAGAUCAAAAUAUUAAAGAAAAAAUAAAAGAUCAAACUAAAGGUUUAAGUGGUAUUUAUUUAAUUUUUAAUAAAAAAACUCUUGACUUUUAUGUAGGAUCAGGUUCUACUGGUAAAAUUUAUACUAGAUUUUAUAGACAUUUAAUAAAUCUUACUGGAAGUAAAAUAGUAAAGUUAGCUGUAAAUAAAUACGGUCUAGAUAAUUUUUCUUUUAUUAUUUUAGAAACAUUUACAGAAAAAACAACAGUAGAAAAUAAUAAAAAUCUUUUAGAUAUAGAAGAUUUUUAUUUAAAGUCUUUAUUACCUAAUUAUAAUAUAUUAACAGAAGCAGGAUCUAGCUUUGGUUAUAAACACACUGAAUUAGAUAGAAUAAAAAUGAAAUCUGUUUAUAGUGAUGAAAGACGUGAAAUAAUAGGUAACUUAAAUAAAAAUAAAGAAUUUAGUCCUUUGACUAUAGAAAUAAUGAAAUUAAGUGCUUUAACUAGAGAUAAAGUAAACUAUAGUCCAGAAGGAAUAAAAAAGAUGAAAAAAGCAUCUAAACCUAUUAUAGUUUAUAACAUAGAAAACAAUACAGUCUACGGUGAAUAUAGUAGUAUAGUUGAGGGUGCAGUAAAUUUAAAUUGUAGUGAAAGAACAAUAUCUAGAGCUUUGAAAACUGAAAAAAAAGUCUUAUUAAAACGCUGA